CAUAGCGGUACUCGCGGCACACACACACACACACACACACACACUCUGCACUGCCUUUAGCCGCGCGGCCUCCGCAGUUGAAUUCUCAGUUUCCAGCGAUUCGUGCUUCUCUCUCGUGACGAACACUAUGGACCGGCCAGCACGAUAGUUUUGCUUUCGUCCAUUGAAUGUUACAAUUUUUUUCGAUGUGAGUCUCGUAAUCAACCAAAAUGAUCUCGACUGUAACGAGAAACUUCAAAGGCAGCAAAGCCGCCGACUAUGAGGAUUUGGAUGCCAACUACAAUAGCAGAAAUCCUCAAGACAUCAUCGAGAUGCAGUCUCCUGUGCCCGUCGUGCCAGAUGAGUCGUACACGGUGGGUGCGGCGGUCAACGCGUUUGGCUUCGGUAAGUUCCAGGUCAAGCUGUCGCUGUUCACGGGUCUGUGCUGGAUGGCCGACAGCAUGGAGAUGACCAUCCUCAGCAUCCUGUCGCCGGCCCUGCACUGCGACUGGAAAAUCACGCAAUACCAGCAGGCGCUCACAACCACGGUGGUCUUUUUAGGGAUGAUGAUAAGCUCGACCUUUUGGGGCGUGCUGAGUGACAAGUACGGACGAAAGCAGGCGUUGACUCUGUGCUCCGUGCUGCUGUUUUACUUCGCUCUCAUGAGCUCCUUCGCGCCUUCUUUUGGCUGGAUUCUGUUCCUUAGGGGUCUCGUCGGGUUCGCCAUCGGUUGCGUCCCUCAAUCAGUCACUCUCUAUGCUGAAUUUCUACCCACCAAGCAGAGGGCGAAAUGCGUUGUUCUAUUAGACUGUUUCUGGGCGCUCGGCGCCUGCUUCGAAGUGCUGCUGGCGCUGUUUGUGAUGCCCACUCUGGGCUGGAAGUGGCUGUUGGGCCUCUCGACGAUUCCGCUGUUUGCAUUCGCCUGUGCUUGCCCUUGGCUGCCCGAGAGUGCUCGGUACCACGUGGCCAGCGGACAGACAGAGCAAGCGGAGGCCACCCUGCAGAAGAUCGCGCGUGACAACGGCAAACCUAUGCUGGUCGGCCGCCUGGUGCUGGAGGAUGGCCAGAUGUCCAUCAGAGGAAGGGUCAGAGAUCUGCUGAGCACGGAGUAUAGGAAAACGUCACUCUUGCUCUGGACAAUAUGGAUCGCGACGGCAUUUUGCUACUACGGCGUCGUGCUGAUGACGACUGAGCUGUUCGAAAACAAAGCACCGUGUCCUGGUCCCGGGCCGUGCGUCUCUGAGUGCAAGCGACUCUCGUCCUCGGACUACAUGGACCUGCUGUGGACCACGCUGGCCGAGUUCCCCGGAAUUUUCGCCACCAUUUUUGUGAUAGAGCGUUUUGGGCGGAAGAAGACGAUUGCAGCCCAGUUUCUAGUGUACACCGUCUCCAUGGCCAUUCUUCAUCUCAGCAUGGACAACCGAGCAUACUUGACCGGCAUGCUCUUCAUCUCGCGUGGAAUCGUGGCUGGAAUCUUCCAAGCUGCCUAUGUUUAUACCCCUGAGGUUUACCCAACUCCGCUUCGGGCCGUGGGGGUGGGCACCUGCAGCGCGAUGGCCCGCUUGGGGGCCAUGGUGACCCCGUACGUGGCACAGGUGCUGCUGAAGACGUCCACCACUUGGGCUGUGUCCAUUUACGCGGCGACAGCAGUGGUCGCGGCAAUGGCCGCCCUCUGCCUCCCGUACGAAACCAAGGGCGCCGAAAUGAAAGAGACAAUGGUCAGAAACCAGCACAAGUGAAUCGCCAGAGUGACUUGAUUUCAGUGAUACAUUUAUUUAAACACGCAUCCUUACUGACUAAAUAUUCAUGCAGCCAAAAAGCCAGUGCACAUCAACUGUAUAGAAUUGUGAAUUUUAUCUUUAAAGGUUUAGCAACAAUAAAGCAAUUAUAAUCAUUAGCUAUUAAAUAAAA